AUGUCUGAUACCAAAGAGGAAAAGCUGGCCACUAUCGAUUAUGGCCUUGGCGAUCUGCACGAUGAUUCGGCACUGUUGCGUCGGAUCGAUUGGCGCAUACUGCCGAUUAUGUUUUUGACGUACUUUUUGCAGUUUCUGGAUAAGGUGGCCUUGAAUCAGUACGCUAAUGUCAUGGGCAUGCAAGAUGAUCUUGGGAUGAAGGGCAAUGACUUUUCCUGGCUGGCUACGGGGUUCUUCAUUGCUUAUGCUGUUGCUGAAAUUCCUCAGGGGUUCUUACUCCAACGAUACCCCAUCACCAAAGUCCUCGGAUUCAACAUCCUCUGCUGGGGAGUGCUCCUCUGCUGCUCUGCCGCAGCCCAGAAUUUUGCAGGCAUGAUGUCUCUACGAGUGCUUCUUGGCACACUAGAAGCUGUGAUCGCCCCCGCCCUAACCAUGUACACAAGCAUGUGGUACACCCGGGCCGAAUCCACCCCUCGCUAUGGCCUCUGGUACUGCGGACUCGGCACCGGGCAGAUCAUCGGCGGAUUAAUAUCCUUCGCGGCGCAGCAUGCACCGGCGUCGAUGUCAUUCCACGGCUGGCGGAUCAUGUUUGUAGUGAUCGGAGCAGUAAACGUCCUCGUAGCGCUGCUCGUUCUGUUCAUCCUACCCGCGACACUAUCUGAAGCACGCUUUCUGAGCACAUCCGAAAAGGUUCGCGUGGAGGAGCGCCUCCGACAAGACCAAGCUGGUGUGGGCGAGAAAGUCUUCCGCGCGAUCUCGCUGCUCGAGGCAUUUGCAGAUCUCCAGACUGCACUCUUGGUGCUUUUGACUAUUCUCAUCACAAUACCCAGUGGUGUUAUCACGACGUUCUCAUCCAUCCUGAUUAAAGACUUCGGAUAUGACUCAAAGGAGAGUGCGCUGCUUAAUAUGCCCUCUGGGGUGGUUAGCAUCGUUGCUACUAUGGCGUCCACGAUGGCCAUUGCGCGGGGAUAUUCGCGCUGGUUGGCGAUCAAUGUUCUCUUGAUUCCUACUCUGCUUGGGGCGUGUCUGAUGUCUUUUCUGCCGUCGUCAAAUCAGGGGGGUUGUUUGGCGGGAAUAUACCUUGUGAACACGACUGUCGCACCGCUAGCGUUGAUUUUCGCAUGGACUGGUGCGAACUACAAGGGGUAUACCAUGAAGGUAGCAGGAAGUACCCUCGUGUCCGCCGGUUUCAGCAUCGCCAACAUCAUCGGGCCGCAGACGUUUCAAUCUCGCGAUGCUCCAGGGUACAUCCCCGCCAAGAUCACGAUCGUCGCCGUCAAUGCCGGCGCCAUUAUCAUUUCCACCACGCUGCGGGUGGUCUACGGCCGUCGGAACGCGCGGGCUAACCGAUUAGGUCGGGCAGCGGGGAGUCGCAUAGAGGAACGGGUGCGGAGUGAGGGCGAUGAUGAGGGGUGUAUAACCGCUGAGUCUAAUCUAUGCGACGGCUCCACUCGCGUAGACAUCUCGAUAUACCACACAAUGUAUAUAAACCACCGUAAUCCAUAUCUACUACACUCAACCCUACCCAUAUCCUCCACAGCUAUUGACACUAAUUAUACGAUUGCCAAAAUGCUAACCCUCAUAACCGGCGCCAACGGCUUCAUAGCAACGCAUUGCAUCGCCACACUCCUCAGCGCAGGCCACUCCAUCCGAGGCACCGUGCGCAGCGCCGAAAAAGCCACAGCGACGCUUUCCGCCCUCCACGCCGCAGGAAUCCCCCACCUUGAGACAUCCCUGGAACUCGUGGUCGUUCCAGACCCAACAGAUUUAGCGCAGUUUCUCCCCGCAGCGGCAGGCUGCGACGCUAUCCUGCACCUCGCGUCGGCAUUUACCUAUGAUGCGGAGCCGGGGCAGUUCGAGGAGCGAUUGCUUCGUCCGGCGAUACAGGGGACGAGGGUUGCGUGUGAGGCUGCGCAUCAGUGUGAAAGUGUGAGGAAGCUGGUGAUCAUGUCGUCGUUUGCGGCAGUUUAUGAUGCGGCAUUGGGGUUGCAGCCUGGAAGGGUUUAUACGGAGGAGGAUUGGAGUCCACUGGGGUUUGAGGAGGGGAAGAAUACUAUUAAUGUGGCUGUGGCGUACCGCGCAUCCAAGGUCCUAGCGGAGCGAACUGCGUGGGCAUACAUCAAGGAGAAUGAGGUGGACUUCCAGCUAGUCACGCUUUGUCCUGGGAUGGUGUUCGGGAAGAUGAUACAUCCGAUUUCGUCGCUGGAGUAUCUGAAUGCCAGUAAUAGGAUUGUGUGGGAGGUAGCGAAGGGCGGGAAUGAAAUUCCGCCGACAAAGGCACCCGUUUGGGUGGAUGUGCAAGAUCUAGCAGAUACAUGUCUGCGCGCGUUGACGGUCGAUUUACCCUCCCAUCAGCGGUUCCUGGUCACGGAGGGCCCGUACGACACGCAGGAGAUUGCAGAUGUGGUGAGAGGGGAUAUUCUUGCUGCUUCACAGCGGGUUGCGGUUGGGAGUCCGGGGGCGAGAAUAAGGGAUACGCAUUAUUCGUGCGAUUCAACGAAGGUGAAGAGGAUGCUGGGGCUGCGGUUUCGGGGUUUGAGGGAGUCGAUUGUGCCUUUGGUGGAGCAGUUGUAUGCUAUGGAGGAGGGAGAGAGGACAGAUGGUCUGUCCGCUGCGGUACUCUAGUAGUAGUACUUCCACAUAUAUGUAUUCAUCUUCAACUUGACUGAAUUAUAUAUGAGGAAACACGGACCUGCUUUACCUCUAUAAGUCUUAAACGAGCAAAGGUCCCUCAUCCUCGCGCG